UACUAUUCUACUAGCAUUUUGAAUACUGUAGAUCGCAAAGUUUUGUUUUUUAUCGCUAAAGAUUUUGUUGGGUUUCAAAUUCUUGGAAGAAUUCCAGGGUUUGGGGUGUGUGUGGGCACAAUGGAGACCCUUCAAGAUCUGAUCGAACAAGUUAAAGUUCGAGCGGUUUGGUGGGGUUUGUGUAUAUUUGCUGUUUGUUACUUUUUAACUCACACCAGUACAUCAAUGUGGAUGAAUUUACCUGUAGCUGUGCUCUUGGUUUCUGGAUCACGCAUAUUGUUUAAUGAAGUAGACUUCCGCUGGAAAGUUCGGAAUGUCCGACCACCAACAUACUUGACACACUUGGAAAAGAAGCAGCUAUCUGUGAAUGAUAGUCGACUUUCUACCUUACCGCCCACACUGAAAUGGAAGAGGAAAAUCGGUUCUCCACUAGUAGAGGCAGCAGCAGAGGUGUUUAUUGGCAAGGUUUUGCAUGAUUUUGUGAUAGAUUUGUGGUACUCCGAUAUUACGCCUGACAAGGAGGUACCAGAGCUGAUACAUGAAAUAGUCAUGGAUGUCCUUGGUGAAAUAUCUGGAAGAGCCAAAGAAAUUAACCUUGUAGAUCUAAUUUUUAGGGAUAUGGUGGACCUGGUAGGAGAUCAGCUAGACCUUUUCUGCAGAAACCAGGCAGCUAUUGGUGUGAAUGUCAUGGGUACAUUGUCUUCAGAAGAAAGGGAUGAAAGGUUGAAGCACCAUCUCUUGGUCUCUAAAGAACUUCAUCCUGCUUUGAUAUCCGCUGAGAGUGAGUGGAGUGUACUUCAACGGCUCAUGGGUGGAAUCUUAGCUGUUGUGCUAAGACCCAGAGAAGCACAAAGCCCCUUAGUUCGAUGUAUUGCCAGAGAACUAUUAACUUCUCUAGUGGUACAACCUCUUCUGAAUUUUGCAAGCCCUGGUGCAGAGUUUACGAAUGCAGUACCUAGCGCUAUGAGUGCUUCAGAUGUGGUGAUUCGUGGUGAGGGACAUCAUCGUCCAAAGCUGAAGUGCAGGGUAGGUGAAUUCUCCUCGAUCUUUCCGUCAUACUCCAAAAUAUGUCCCAAGAAGUCAAGCUGGCUGAUGAGAAAUUUAAAACUUAUGUGGUGUUGUAUAAUCAAUUUCAUGAGCUAUGGUCUUAGAUCUUUGAUUCUGUCUUGUAAGAUUCUUGACCCCGAAUACUGUUUCCUCCUGCCCCAUGUUUUGGGUGCAUAUUUUGAGAAGCUGGGCUCAAAAUCUUUUGCUGUAUAUUCAAUCGCAGUUACUGAUGUCAAUAACAACACUUGGUUUGUAAAGAGAAGAUACAGGAACUUUGAGAGAUUGGAUAGACACCUGAAGGACAUUCCUAAUUACACAUUGCAUUUGCCUCCUAAAAGGAUAUUUUCGUCGAGUACAGAAGAUGCAUUCGUUCAUCAGCAUUGCAUUCAGCUUGACAAAUAUCUUCAAGAUCUCUUGACAAUUGCCAAUGUGGCUGAGCAACAUGAAGUGUGGGAUUUUCUCAGUGCCUCUUCCAAGAACUAUUCCUUCGGUAAAUCUUCUUUAGUACUGAGAACGCUGGCGGUUAACGUGGAUGAUGCUGUGGAUGAUAUUGUGCGUCAAUUUAAAGGCGUUUCUGAUGGCUUGAUGCAUAAAGUUCUUGGCUCUCCUUCAUCUUCUUAUGAACCUACUACCUGUACUUCAGACAGACAUUUGUCUUGGAACGUGGAGGAAAUAAAUAAACUGGCUUCAACGCAAAGUACCUCUGAGUCAGUUAAUAGCUUUUCCGACAAUGAUGACAGUGAUAAAGACGGAAACCAUGGGCAGGAGGAAGUAGGACCUCGUUCAGAAGCCAAUGGGUUGCAUUCAGACAAUGAGUUGAAUUCUAAAGAAUCCCCCCCUCCGGUGGUUAAACGUGACGAAGAGCUGAUAAGCUCAGCGACUGACUUGAAGAGUGGUUCUGGAUUACGACUUGAAUCUUCCAGUUCUGGAGGAUUUCCAGAGACAAGUUUGGCAGUAGUUCCCAGUCAACAAGAGGAUCCAGUUGGAGUGCCACCAGAGUGGACGCCACCCAAUUUAAGCAUACCUAUCUUGAAUUUGGUGGACAAGAUUUUUCAGCUGUACAGAAGAGGCUGGCUAAGAAGACAGGUAUUUUGGAUAUCAAAGGAAAUUAUGCAGUUAAUGAUGGAGGAUGCUAUUGAUGAUUGGCUGUUAAGCAUUCGUUGGCUAUGGAGAGACGAUGUUAUUGCUCACGGAAUAAGAUGGAUUCAAGAUGCGUAUAGCGAGCCCAAUGUUGGGGGAAGAACGACGUCCUCAAAAGUGGGUGGAGCUGGUGCUGGUGCUGAGUGGCUAGGUAGUGGAGGUGAGGCUACAGGUGGUGGUGAUGAGGCUACUGGUUUUGGAGGUGAGGCCAUCGGUGGUGGUGUUGAGUGGACGGGUAGUGGAGGUGAGGCCACUGGUUUUGGAGGUGAGGCCACUAGUGGUGGUGGUGAAUGGGCGGGAAGUGGAGGUAAGGCUAUUGGUUUUGGAGGUGAGGCCACUGGUGGUGGUGGUGACUGGACGGGAAGUGGAGGUGAGGCCACUGGUGGUGGUGGUGAGGCUACUGGUUUUGGAGGUAAGGCUACUGGUGGUGGUGGUGACUGGACUGGAAGUGGAGGUGAGGCCACUGGUGGUAGUGGUGACGCGACGGGAAGUGGAGGUGAGGCUACUGGUUUUGGAGGUAAGGCCAUUGGUGGUGGUGGUGAGGCUACUGGUUUUGGAGGUGAGGCCACUGGUGGUGGCGGAGAGGUGACGGGAAGUGGAGGUGAGGCCACUGGUGGUGGAAGUGGUGGUGGUGAGGCCACUAGUGGUGGCGGAGAGGCGACGGGAAGUGGGGGUGAGGCCACUAGUGGUGGAAGUGGAGGUGAGGCUACUGGUUUUGGAGGUGAGGCCACUGGUGGUAGUGGUGAGGCGACGGGAAGUGGAGGUGAGGCUACUGGUUUCGGAGGUGAGGCCACUGGUGGUGGUGGUGAGGCUACUGGUUUUGGAGGUGAGGCUAUUGGUUGUGGAAGUGGGGGUGAGGCUACUGGUUUAGGAGGUGAGGCCACUGGUGGUGGAAGUGGAGAUUAUUGA